AUGUAUGUUCAAUCCGCCGUGAAUUCGCCUGAAUCCGGUCACUUGCACGAGUGCCAUCCUGCAAUGUUCAUCAAGGCGCGGUACAACCUGAGCAAGACGGUGCGCAAGUACCCCAUCGACGAGGCAGGCAACUGGGUGGGGCCGGAGCACCAUCCGGACCCGCUGCCCGUGCCGGAGAGGCAUCUCUCAUUGCUCCUCUCAUCUCCCCCAUCCCCCUCAUCCCCCCAGGCGCGGUACAACCUGAGCAAGACGGUGCGCAAGUAUCCGAUCGACGCGGCAGGCAACUGGGCCCGGUACAACCUGAGCAAGACGGUGCGCAAGUACCCGAUCGACGCGGCAGGCAACUGGGUGGGACCGGAGCACCACCCGGACCCGCUGCCGGUGCCGGAGAAGCACGGAGAGGACAGCAACGAGACGACAGAGGAGGUGCAUCAGAAGAUGGCGGAGGACGGGCAUGAGUAUGUGGGCUCGCUCGUGCUCAACAAGGACAACUUCGAACACUUUGCGCAUGAGUAUCAGAUCCUCGUGGUCAAUUUCUUCGCCCCCUGGUGCCCCUGGUGCCAGAGACUGGAGCCAGCAUGGGAGAAGGCUGCGACUGUCCUCCAUCGCAAGUACCAUCCUGACUACGAUGGCCGAAUCCGCUUUGCCAAGAUCGACUGCACCAUCUACCAGGACGUGUGCCGAGACAACCACAUUCAGGGCUUCCCGUCCAUUCGCAUCUUCCGCAAGGGCAUGGACCUCCGCAUGCAUGGAGAGCACGGGGAGCAUGACCACGAGUCGUAUUAUGGCGAGCGCGAUGCCGAGUCACUCGUUGCGUUCGCGGAAUCCUUGGUCCCUUCAGCCACAGUGGGGCGCCCCACAGCAGCGGAGGACAGCCACCAGCACGUGAAGCGCCGCGCGCCUGCCUCUGGCGGCUGCAACAUCGAGGGCUUCGUGCUUGUCAAAAAGGUGCCGGGCAAUCUGAUGAUAACGGCUCAUUCCACGGCGCACUCGUUUGACGCCGCAACGAUGAACAUGACGCACUCCAUCCACCGCUUCUCCUUCGGUCGCCAGCUCACCCGCCGCAAGCAGGAGCUGGUGGCGCGGCUGCGCCCCUAUGUGCCUGCCCCUGUGGGGAGGCUGGAGGGGCACUCGUUUCACUCCAACCACGACAAUGUUACUCACGAGCACUUCAUGCAGAUAGUGUUGACGGAGGUGCAUCCCUUGGGAGUAUCCCGCAAGGACAGCUCGCUGCACUCAUACGACUACACCGCACACAGCCACACGCUGCAGGCGCCCUCCGUGCCUGUCUCGCGCUUCCACUACGAGCUCUCGCCCAUGCAGGUUCUCAUCGUGGAGACAAGGCGUCCUUUCUUCCACUUCAUCACUAACCUCUGUGCUAUCAUUGGUGGCGUCUUCACGGCGAGCAUCUCGUCCGCGGCGCACUACCGCAACGGCACGGGCAUGUGGUCGAUGCCGGGCCUAGAGAACUCCGCGGCGCGGCUGAGCAUGAGCGUCAGCAUGUACCGCGGGCUGGGCGGCGCCGGCCGCCCCAAGACCGCGCCGCCCGACCUGCCGUCGCUGCUGCUGGACGCGCGCAUCUGCUACCUGGGCAUGCCCAUCGUCCCUGCAGUGACGGAGCUGAUUGUGGCGGAGCUGCUGUGGCUGGACUACGACAACCCAUCCAAACCCAUCUACUUCUACAUCAACUCCUCCGGCACGCAGAACGACAAGCGCGAGAGCGUGGGGUUUGAGACCGAGGCGUAUGCCAUCGCCGAUACCAUGAAUGUACACGCUAGGCCCUUGUUCUUGCAAUUUUGCACACGCUAG